AAGCAUUGAGGAGAAUACCCAAAAAAAAAACUUUCAUUGAGAUAUUUCGUUUAGCAUCUUUGGUCCUAUAGCAAAAAAUAACUAAGAUGGGGUUGAGCCGUAUUGCGAUCACAAAUGCAGCAAAACAGAUAAUGAAGCUACACUCACUGGGAAACAAAAACCGAACAUCAUCAUCAUCAUUGGAUAAUGUCCCUAAAGGGCAUGUGGCAGUGUACGUAGGAGAACAGAUUGAGAAGGAGAAGAAGAGAUUCGUUGUUCCAAUAUCGUUUCUGAAUCAUCCUUCCUUCAGAGAGUUUCUUAGUCGAGCAGAGGAAGAGUUUGGAUUCAAUCAUCCAAUGGGAGGCUUGACCAUUCCUUGCAGAGAAGAAAUGUUUCUUGAUCUCAUUUCUUCUCGGUUACAAUAAUGUUUAUGCCUCGUAGGAGAAAUGUAUCUAUAGACUAUAUAAAUCUUGAAAAGUUGUUCUAGGGAUUGAUGAUGCAUCUCUUCAUUAUCUUCUUCCCAUGUAUUAUUUUUCAAUCAUGGAGAAUUGUAAUAACUGAUAUACGAAUAUAUUUUUUUUGUCAA